AUGGCCCGAUUCUUCUAUCAUCUUACCGUCCUCCAGCUUUGCCUGCUGGCACUGAUCACUCCGGUGCUUGGGAAAAAGAAACUAUCCUAUCCAACGACUGUUGAGGUCGACCUUCUCUUUCCCCGAAAUGAAACCUACAACAACAUGACCGGCUUCCCUAUCGUGUUCGCCAUACAGAACGCCAAAGCUGUAGACGUAUUCGGGUGGACCCUAGAGUGGAAGUUCGUAUGGCUGGACGGGGACAAAGACGAAAAAUUCCUGGAUCACUAUACCGGCCCAGACAUAAAAGACAGUUCAACGUUCAACGAAUUCAGGUACAUCGCAGAUGAUAGCUUCCUCGCCCCUGGCAAAAUAUACACAAAGAACAACUACUACCUGCGCCCUGUGGACGGCAACAGAGAGCGAGGCAUCAAUCGACUGCCCUGGAACUGA